CCUGUUUGCUUUCCCCUAAAAGCCGGGGCACCCUGGGAUCCUCCGCCUCCGUCACCAGGGGCGGGGAUAGGGCGGGCCCUUCUUCGCCUAUUGGCCCGCUUGGCAGCUGGAGCGGACACACAGCUGUUGCGAACAGCUGGGGGGCUGAUUCUCUUCUCGUGUGUCUGGUUAGCCCGGGCUGUAGGGAAGGACCCGGGAGAAGCGCUGCACGCUCAGGUUUCCGCUUCAGGACAGGAGCAGCCCGAGCAGGAGAGGCGGAUUCUCCCGGCCUGCUGUGAGUGGGAAGGGCCUUGAGGCAGCUCUGUGGCAGGGCUCGUGGAAGUCGCUCGCUCACACCCUGGGGCGAGGUUUCUGCUUCAGCUGCCACUGUCCUGCAAUAUCGCCGAUCCCACUCCUGACUCCCCCGGCGGUGGGAGCAUUGGACGCUGGUAGAGCUGCUUCCUCGGCCCUUCUCUUCACUAGCCCCUUUUCCUUGCGCAAUCACCACUGGAGAGAAAGAAGAGACCUAGAGAGCGAUGAGGGGCAGGGAUGGGGGCUCAGAGCCCUAGGGGUGCCUAUCACAGGACUCCUCCCUGUGCCAUACAGGUAGGGGAAUUUGAGGCGGGAGAUUGGUAGGGGAGAGGCAGGAAGGGGCCAAAGGUAAUAGGAAAGAAAAGCAACAAAGAGUCCUGUGGCACCUUAUAGACUAACAGAUGUACUGGAGCAUAAGCUUUCGUGGGUGAAUAGGAAAGAAAAGGACAUAACAGGAAAGAAAGAUUAUCGGCUAUAAUAACGAAAUGAAGAAGAAUUUCAAGAACGGAAGCAGUGACCUCGCACUUGGCUGUGUCCUUGAUCACAUUAAAAGCCACUGUUGGUCUCCCAGUUUCUACACCCUGCCCUGAUGGCAGGGCAUUAUACCGCCCAGUGCAGCACCCUUUCCAGAUCACAUUGCUGUGGGAGAGCAAGGAAGAGGGCAAGGGAGAGGCCAACUCUGAGCAUCUGCUACCCAGCUCUAUGCCAUCUCGAGCAAUUCCAGGAUGGAGAGGCUCAGGCAGAUGCUGCGGAAGAAGGCUGUGAAGGUGGCUCCAGGGCCAGUGGGAAGCCGCUGCUGGCAGCCCCAGGAGGAGAGCAGCCCCUCUGUCCCCGCUGGUGGGGAAGCAGCUUGUGGCCUGUCCAAGCGGUAGAAGUGCCUGGCAUUCUGGAGGAGGACACCAGCUCCCCGAGCAGGCCCUGAGACACCCUCUGGGCCAUCAUGGAGGUGGCCCAGGGUGCAACUGUGCGGGAGGGACCCAGGACAGGACAGGAGCCAGGCAAGGCAGCUCUGGGGCUUCCUCUCCAGGAAGCAGAGGAGCCAGGAGCCCAGCCUCUGGGCCCAGCAGGAGCCACCCCCUGCCUGGCCACUGGAGAGACCCCAGCCUGCCCAGAGCAGGAGAUGGGCGACCCCGGCUCUAGCACCAGCAGCUCCGAGGGGCCAGCAGCAGCACCUCAGUGGAGUGUGAGAGCACUCAGGCUGAAGACUCCCCCAUUGCAGGAGUCAUCUCUCUCCUUCUCUGGAGGAGGAGGAAGAGGAGGAGGAGGUUGUGCCCCCAGAAGAAGCUGCCAUCAGGGUCAUCCAGAAACAUCUGCAGGGCAGAGAAGAGUCCUAGUGGAUGCGGGACAGGGCCAAGCAGCUCCGCUUCCUGCACGCUAUCCCCACUCUGUGCUUCUCCGCACAAAAGCAGGGGAGGACACCCUGGAGCUGCACUGCUCCAAAGUGGCCCUUGUGGAGAGCAUUGAGGAGCUGAUUGAAGACCUCCCCCUGGAGUCUGAGUCAAGCUCCAUCCUCUCCAGCUCUAUGGCUACAGUUUGCAACCUAAGCAGCUCCACCAAACCAAGGGAGCAGGGACUACAAGCUGCUCCUGCUCCUGGGACAGAAAAGUAGGAUGAUGACCUACCUGGAAGUGAGCGGUGUCCUUCCCUGGGCGCAUGGUGAAAACACUGUACAGGACAGCCUGCAGGAGGUGUGAUUCCAGCUCCAGAGGCAGCUUCAGUUUGCUGGCAUGAGAGAGGAGAUGCCUUGCCAGGGCUCCCCAGAGAACCCUCCUAAUCAUCUCCUGACCAGUGUAGGCCCAGAUCCUAUGACUGGCCGGUGCGUCCUCCUCUUAAAGGCUCUGCACAGGGCCUAUGCAGACAGCCUGGACAUCAUGCUGAGGAGCCUGCUCACGGAAACCCCCACCACGGACAAGCUGAGCACCUCUUGGAGGUGAGCACAAGAGGAGGGUCUGUGGGGAAUUUCACCUUAACUCCGUGGAAGGGCUGCAAAGGAGAGAGUGGAAGAGCCAUGUGUGAUGGGAUCCCAGGGUACAACCUGAAACUGUGGGACCACUGUGCCCCUUUAACUCUGCAGCCUGAGCUGUCUCUGACAAUGCUGUGCCAGUGACCAACAGCAAACCCCUCCAGGUGUUGUGAUCACUCAGCCAUCAGCAUGUGGAGACCCACACCCAGCUAAAAUUGCAUGAAGGCUCUCCAAGCCACUCAUGAAUUAUACACGGAGUUGCCCCAGCAAAUCACCCCAGCCCCCAGCCUUGCACCCCAGAAGUAUAACAUUGUACACUGCUCAAGACUCCCUUGGACAGCGCAGGCUCAUUAAUUGGUUCGCUACUCCAACAAAGGGUAGUAGACGGGCAACAGCCCUUGUUAACCUGAGCUGAGAUUCUCUACGCACUUCAGCCAAAAUCACACUGUUUUCGAUACAAUAUAAAACAGAUUGAUUACCUACAGCAAGAUAGAGAUUUGAAGGGAUUAUAAGUAGUAGGCAGAGAUCAAAGUUGGUUACAUAAGAAAUCAAAAUAAACCCUGGGACCAAUCUCCCCGGUUCAAAGUCUUUGUCUUCCAGACAAUCUUGCAGCUGUUAAGAUGGGGGAGGAGAGAAGCCAAGUGGUGAUGUCAUUGACCUUCACUUAUCCUUUCUGUCCAGGUGCUAGAAAGAUCCUUGCUGUGACAUGGGGCUAGGCAGCCCCCAUUGUGUACUGUGCCCUCUCUGAGGAGUUUCUGAGAGAGUGGAUUCUUCUUGAUGGGCCAUCGACACAUGUCUGGCUGGUCCUGAUGUAAAUCUGUCUUGUCAGUUGCUCCUUUGUUGCCACUGAAAGGCUAGCUGUGAGCAUCUCCCAACCUCACAGCAUAUUUCAAUAACACACACAUAGCAAAACCCUCUGCCAUGUACAUUGGCCAAACCGAACAGUCCCUCCACAAAAGAAUAAAUGGACACAAAUCAGACAUCAGGAACGGUAACGUACAUAAGCCAGUAAGUGAACACUUCAAUCUCCCUAGUCAUUCUAUUACAGAUUUAAAAGUCACUAUCAUUGAACAAAAAAACUUCAGAAACAGACUUCAAAGAGAAACAGCAGAACUAAUAUUCAUUUGCAAAUUUAACACCAUUAAUCUGGGCUUGAAUAGGGACUGGGAGUGGCUGGCUCAUUACAGAAGCAGUUUUUCCUCUCCUGGAAUUGACACCUCCUCAUCUAUUAUUGGGAGUGGACUACAUCCACCCUGAUUGAAUUGGCCCUGUCAACACUGGUUCUCCACUUGCGAAGUAACUCCCUGCUCUCCAUGUGUCAGUAUAUAAUGCCUGCAUCUGUAACUUUCACUCUAUGCAUCUGAAGAAGUGAG